GACCCAAAUUUUUUCAAAAUGGUUGAAGAGUAUUAUGAUAAAGGGGUAGCGCUUGUUGCAGAUGUUUUAGUUGAAGAAUAUCCUGCUAAGAUACCCAGAGAAGAAAAAGUGAAGCGAGUUAAUGGCAUUCUAUCUCUUAUCAAGCCAUGUAACCAUGUCCUGAGUGUGGUGUUUCCUUUGAGACGAGACAAUGGUGAUUGGGAGAUGAUUGAGGGUUACCGUGCCGAACACAGUCAGCAUAGAACACCAUGUAAAGGAGGUCCAGGUGUGGAUGUUCCUGCCCCAGAUAUGGGUACAGGUGAAAAAGAAAUGAGUUGGAUGGCAGAUACAUAUGCCCACACUAUUGGUUACAACGAUAUCAAUGCUGCUGCCUGUGUUACUGGUAAACCAAUUAGUCAAGGUGGCAUUCAUGGACGUCCCUCUGCCACUGGACGUGGAAUUUACCAUGGUAUUGAGAACUUUGUACAUGAAGCAUCAUAUAUGAGUGCAAUUGGUACAACUCCUGGAUUUGGUGACAAGACAUUUAUUGUCCAGGGUUUUGGUAAUGUAGGUCUUCACAGUAUGCGUUAUCUACAUCGUCACGGUGCUAAAUGUAUAGGAAUUGCAGAAAUAGAUGGUAGUAUCUUCAAUCCAGCUGGUAUUGACCCUAAAGAAUUGGAAAACUAUAAAAUUGAUAAUGGUACAAUAGUCGGCUUUCCUGGUGCAACAGCCUAUGAAAAGAACUUGUUAACAGAGAAGUGUGACAUAUUACUGCCAUGUGCUGCUGAAAAAGCAAUUACUGCUGAAAUUGCUAAAAAUAUUCAAUGUCGGAUUGUUGCGGAAGGUGCCAACGGUCCAACAACUCCAGCAGCUGAACAAAUUCUUCUUGAUAGAAAUAUUCUAGUCAUUCCGGAUCUAUUCCUGAAUGCUGGUGGUGUAACUGUGUCAUACUUUGAAUGGCUGAAGAAUCUGAAUCACGUCAGUUAUGGACGUCUUACAUUUAAAUAUGAGAGAGAGUCAAAUUUUGGAAUCUUGGAAAGUGUACAAGAAAGCUUGGAGCGUAAAUUUGGCAGUCAUGGUGGUAAAAUUCCGAUUACUCCAUCUGAUCAAUUCCAAAAUAAAAUUGCUGGAGCAAGUGAAAAAGACAUUGUACACAGUGGGUUGGCACAGACCAUGGAAAAAUCUUCAAGGAAUAUAAUGCGAACAGCAAUGAAAUACAACCUUGGUCUUGAUCUCCGUACGGCAGCAUUUGUUCUUGCUAUUGAGAAAAUCUUCACAUCAUAUAAAGAAGCCGGUUUUACUUUUACUUGAGCUAAUAAAAUUUUAAAUUAUACCAUUUUUGCUUUUGAUAUUCAAUUUUUUUUACUUUGCUUUUUGACAUAAUAGAAACAUAGUUAAUAUAAACGUUAAUGUAUGCAUGUAUGAAAAAUAAAUGUUUGUGUAUUUCUUCAGUGCUUAAACAUCGUGAA